AUGACUGAUGCUGUGUUCUUCUCCGUCGUGGCUCUCGCCAAAGCGGGCAUUGAAUGUUGUCGGAACGCUCAGAUCUGCAAGGAUGAGGCAGCCCGGAUCGGUAAGCGUCUGACAAUAGUGGUCGCGCGAGCACACGAAUGGGGAGCUGUUUGUGAAAGUACGCGCCUUGCUCAUUUUCAUGAAGUUGUGGAGAAUGUCUUCCUGCGCUUGCAAGCAACCACAUCGUCUGUAAACAGGCGCUCCUUGUGGAACAGAAAAUUCAAGAUUGCGUUACAACCCCAGACUAUACUCUGUGAAAUCCUUAAAGCAGAGAGCCAGCUGAAUACUGCCAUCAAUGAUCUUCAGAUGGAGCAGUCCAAUGCCAUCUUUUCGCACCUCCUUGACGUCUCCAAAGGAGUUGCGGAUUUGCUAGAUCAGUUUGGCGCUCUCGCUCUGAGCAAGUCGGAUCCUUCUGCAACAAUCCAGCGGCAAGUUGAAAAGGCCUUGGCGGAAACUCAAGUUCGAGCUCCCCAAGUUGCCGUUGCCAACCCCGAUGACGUUAGCCAAGAUGGUGGACGAGGGCAAGAUCCUACCUUAGCUACAAGCGGUAUGAAGGUUUCGCACCAGUAUAAGACAACCUUUUGUCCAUCCAAGGAUGAUGUACUCGCUAUCUCGCUCCAGCCAUCCUUGCUGAAGUUUUGUGAUGACCACGAGAGCCUCCUCGGAGGUGGAGGUUUUGCGGAAGUCUUUCGCGGAACAUACAACCUCCAACCUGUCGCCAUCAAACGCCUCAAGGUAUAUCGGGGAGAUGUAAAUUCUCUCUCGAAACUUCAGAUCGCCCGCGAUGUGGAACAACUAGCCGCGGAAGCCCUUCUGACGCACAAAUGCGGUACACAUUCAAACAUCAUUCAUGUUGUUGGAUGCCUUAGCAUACUAAGCGAAGUCGAGAGACCCUUGCUUGUCAUGGAACUUAUGCAUACGACUCUCUUUGAUGUUAUUCACGAUCGUGUUUUAGCAGAUGCUCUGGCAUUUUCCCGUCGUCUCUAUUUGUUGAAAGGUAUUGCAGGCGCGUUAGAGUUUCUUCAUUUGCAAGGCAUUGUCCAUCACGACAUCAAGUCUCUCAACAUUUUGUUGAACAAAAAAUUGACGGUUGCCAAGCUGGCAGACUUUGGGACUACCAGCCAUCAAGGCAACCAGAUUGCAGGUACAGCCGCCUACCAAGCGCCCGAAAUCCUAUCAGAAGAAGUCAAAGACACAUCGCGCGUUUGUGAGAUGUAUUCAUUCGGGGUGACAGUAUGGGAGUGUGUGACGAGCAAAAUUCCACAUGGAGGGAAAAAGGAAUCAUCUAUAGCGCUUUUGGCUGCAACUAAGAAGUACCUCCCCAUGCUUGCGGCGCCCUCCAGCCCCCCAAAGGAUCUUUCAGAGACAGAAUCAGCUUCCUGGAAAGCGCUGAAUAUGGUUGCAGCAUCGUGUCUCUCUCGCGACCGCUCAGUGAGACCCACUGCUUCGAUAGUUGUUGCGCUCUGGCACAAAGUCAAGUCUCCGGAAGUGGAAGUACCUUAUUCUUUUUUUCAAGACUCGUCUUUUACCAAAAUGGGCGAUAUUACCGAAAGUCGAGUAACGGCCGGUCCGACGACUCAGGGAACAGCAAAAGACGACCUUGUCAUGGAUGUUCCGGACGACAGAGAAAAGUCUAAAUGCGGAGCAGCUGCGAUGUCAAAAAAUCAUCGCCGCAAAUUAUUGGUUGUUGCACUCGUUGCUGUCUUGCUUACGCUUACAGUCACAGUGGUCGUUGUGCUGGUAUCCAAAUCGUCGCCAGAUCUUGCAUCCCCAGCAUCAGGAGUUGAUGUACCAGCUGAUGCGCCAGUCUCUACGUCCCCGCCAUCCCUACCGCCGACUGCAGUUCCGGUCUCCGUCCUCCCGCCGACUGCAGUUCCGGUCUCCGUCCUCCCGCCAACCGGUACGCCAAUGACCGUCCAAUCUCCAUCUGGGGCGUGCCUCAACGCCACAAGCAUAAAUAGCCCAAAAUGGGUUGUUUUUAACGCUUUUAAACUUUAA